GUCAGCGGUUUGGGUCAGAGCGGUGGGCGAAUGAUCUGUGUACUGAAUCCUGAAGAUACAGGCCGAGUGUCGCGCGGGCAGAUGUGCAGUGACCCGCCAUGGAGCUCAGAUCAGCUAAACUCGAUGUUUAUCACAUCUAAAGGCAAGAGUAGACAGAGUCCCUUCAUCUUCUCCUCAUUUGGAAAGCAGCAAAGAAGCACUGCAAAUGGAGAAUGGAGACUGGGGAUACAUGAUGACGGAUCCGGUCACCCUGAACGUUGGAGGUCAAAUAUACACCACUUCGUUGUCUACUCUGCAGCGUUACCCAGACUCCAUGUUGGGCGCCAUGUUUCGCGGAGAUUUUCCUACAGCAAGAGACACCCAGGGAAACUACUUCAUUGACCGCGAUGGACCACUGUUCCGCUACAUCUUGAAUUUCUUAAGGACAUCAGAACUGACUCUGCCGUACGACUUUAAAGAGACGGAGCUGCUGCGUAAGGAGGCUGACUUCUAUCAGAUAGAGCCACUGAUCCAGUGCUUAAGCGACACCAAACCGCUCUAUCCGUUGGACACCUUUGAACAGGUGGUGGAACUCUCAAGCACUCGGAAGCUCUCAAAAUACUCCAACCCCGUGGCUGUCAUCAUUACCCAACUUACCAUCACCACCAAGGUUCAAACUCUGCUUGAAGGGAUCUCAAACAACUUCACACGGUGGAAUAAACACAUGAUGGACACCAGAGAUUUUCAGGUAUCCUUUACCUUUGGACCUUGUGACUACCAUCAAGAAGUGUCCCUCAGGGUCCACCUUGUGGAGUACAUCUCCAAGCAAGGUUUCACCAUCAGGAACACACGUGUACAUCACAUGAGCGAAAGAGCCAAUGAGAACACGGUGGAGCACCACUGGACGUUUUGCCGGCUGGCACGGAAGGUCGAAGACUGAUUACUUUUGCCAAGAUGGUCUAGAUGUUUGCCCAUAAUAAGGGAUCGAGGCAGCUUAUUGUUGGUACAGUGAUGUUUCCCUCAUUGCAUGUUAUGGUUGCAUCACUGAAGCAUAUAGAUGUGUACAGUACUGCGCAAAAGACAGUGGCCACUUUUGAUCUACUUAAUUUCUAGUCAGUCUGCAUUUAAGAAAUAGAGCAUAAAACACAUUACACAAAUUACAGUUACACAAAAGCUCCACUCUUUAUCACAGAUUCCACUCUUUUCAGGAGACUCACUUUCAGUUUCUUAAAGAAAUCUGCAGACACACCUCCAAAGUUCAGUCUUAGAAGUUGGUUGAACAUUUUCUGAAUUCCAACCACAUUUAGUGAUGUUGAGGUCUGGACUCUGAGGUGGUCAGUCCAUUGUUCAGCGUCUUUGCUUGAUGUGUCUCAGUGAGGUUCUUCUUGACACAGCCGCACAUCCUUUCAGACCCAUAGU